AUGCAUUCUUCCAUCAAACCCUCCUCUAAAAACCUUUUAGGUUUCUUUACUUUCUUGUCUCUUCAAUUUCAUGUCCACUGCUCACUCUCAAUACAGACAAUGGCCCCGCGGCUGUUUGUACCAGCUGAGGACAGUAACCCCCAGACCAUAACGGCUGUCCCAUCGUUUGCUCCCACACUGGAUGAGAGAGACGACGACGACUUCAACGACGAACAAAUUGGAGCAAGCUUCAUUCGCGACACCUACGUCAAAGCGAACUUCCACAACAUCGUCAACCUCGACAAGUGUUCCAGGAAGCCAAGCAGCUAUUACACCAAUCUCAAUAGACAGCCGGACUGUGACCUCAAGAACAACAGUCGGAUUUGGGCUUGGGUCAACGGCAGCCACGGCAUCAACAACGGCAUCUGA